UCCCGAUGAGGGUCGUUGAUAGAAGAGGAUCCCGAUCCCGGUCAUGAUGGAGGGAAGAAGAGUCUUGAUCCCCCGAAGGACGCGGUGGCUCGGCGCGCAGCUGGUCGCCGUAGGCACUUUUGCGUGGUAGCAGACGCGGCCGCUCUCGCCCUCGUUAUUGCAGAAGGAGGGAGGAGGGAGCAGGAAGGUCCUAAGACUCAGACUCAAAAAAGAGGGAGCCAAUCUCACUAAUUAGGCGGCGCUCAUAGACGGCGCGCGCAUAGGCUGCGCGCAAUUGGAGAAGAGAAGGGGGAGAGAAGAAGAGCAAGAAAGAGAAGGGAGAGAGAGAAGAAGAGCAAGAAACUCCUCUUUUCGAAGAUUGGACACGUGGACUCGGGGGGAAUACGAAGAUCGGACACGUGGAGGGAUGGGGAUCGGGAUCGGGAUCGGGAUAACACGUCUAGGAAAGUUAGGUGGACGACCAUUCGCAGACAUGAGGAGCGGCAGACGAAACUGAUGAUAAGUAGAGAGAGCAUAAACUGGACCGGGAUCGGGAUCGGGAUCGAGAUAACACGUCAAGGAAAGUUAGGUGAACGACACGUGGACGGCACAUUAUUGACAGGUGAUGAUGACACGUGGACGACGCGGACAUUUCGGAUGACGGGUGGAUGACACGUGGAUGAAACGUGGAUGAGAGGUUGAUGACACGUGGCUGAAUGCGAUGACCACGGUGAUGACACGUGGAUGACGCAGGGAUGACACGUGGAUGACGCGUGGAUGAGAAGGAGAGGGGAGGGAGAAAGCAAAGAGGUGAAGGGAAGGGCGGCGGCGGCGGGGCAUGACAAUUCCUGUACACUAUUUUUGGACUCUCUCUCUCUUCUCUCUCUCUCUUUUCUGUCUCGCUCUCUCUUUUCUCUCUCUCUCUCGUCUCUCUUUCUAAGGUCUCUUCCUAGCUCUCCCUCUUGAGGCCACUCUCUUCUCUCCCUCUCUUUCUUAGCGCGCUCUCUGUCUCUCAUAGUUGUCUUUUUCUUCUCUCUCUCUCUCUCUCUCUCUCUCUCUCUCUGUGUGCUCAUGGCGGCCGCCACAGUUGUUGCCGCCGCCGCCGCCGCCGCCGCAGUAGCUUCCGUGUCUGCUACAAGUCGGAGCGGUCACCAUGUGUUGACACGUGUCACGUCUCGGCUGCCUCGAGCUGUAGGGAGCAGCCGUGUUUACCAUGAUGUGGUACAUUGCUUGAAGCGAUCGGGAUCGCGAUCGGAACCGGGAUGGGAUGGGAGGGAUGUAGCAGCCUUUUCCUCCCUCUCGGCAUCGUGGUCCUCUUCAGCGUGUCCACCACGUGUCAAACUCCUCGCCAGAAGACGAGGAGCAUCCCAUGUGUCUAUCUCCGAGUCGCCGUCGGGAGGGGGUGCGGCCUUCUUCGCCGGGCCAUCGAUCGGGACCCCGUCCUCGUGCCGCUGCUCAUCGAUGGCCAGCGAUCUUCGUCUUCUCUCCCGGCGAUCAAUCUCCGCCUCCCCUCGUCGUCUGCUCUGCAGUCCCUCCUCCUCCUCCUCCUCCUCCUCCUCCUCCUCCUCUCUGUCCUUCCCGCCGCCGCAUUUCUUGUUGACGACAUCAUCGUCGUUCUCAUCGUCAUCCGAUCACAAUGCGGCAUUCACGGCGGACGCUAGAUCACCGGAUAUGACGGUUGGGGACGAAGGGCUGGCAACGGCGAUGGCGGCCCGUGGAAGCAGAGGCUCGAGCUCUGGCUAUGGCGGUCGUCCUCGUCGGAUGGGCUUGUUGUCGUCAACAUGGAGCAGGGAGGGGAACUUAACAGAUGACAACAAGGAGGGGAGGAGGAGGAGGAUACACGCGGAGGGCGGGGGAUCGAAUGGGAUGAUGACAGCACGUGGGCGGCUGGGCGAUGACGAGAGAGGAGAACGUGGAGGUGGAAAUAAUGAACCGAUGGAGAGAGAAGGAAGAGGGGAAGGGGGAGCGGCGGGAGGAGGCGGAGAGGAGAAAGGUGGGUUUCCUUCACCUCCUCCUCCGCAAGGCCAUCGACGGGAAGGAUUAAUGACACGUGUCACGACCUCCAUAGACCGCGUGCUUCGUAGUCCGUCCUUGAUCCUAGUUCUCUCAUGGACCACCCUCUGGCUGCUAUUGGUUCUCGGAUGCUCUGCCUCUGGGGACUUAGCGUCCCUGGUCUCCAGGACGAUGGCCUCUGUGGCGGUGGUGUCGCUGACGUGGCUAGGGAUGGUCCUUGGGAUCUCCUUCCUCGAAGCUUGGGUGAAGUUUAAAGCCCCUUUAAUCACGAGAGCUGUUGCGUUGGAUAUCGGUCGCACGGUGUUUGGAGCAUUCAACACACUGGAGAUUGUACAUGCAAGUUUCUUAGCGUUCCUUUCCGGUUACGCGCGCUUAGCUCUGGGAAUGGAGAUGCAGUGGAAGGAGCAAGCAGCAGCGACAACGGCGGCAGCUGGUACUGUGGCGGGUGAUUUGGCUGCUUCUCUUGGUGAACAGUCCAUGCAGGCGACAAGGAUGCAAAUACUGGAGCGAGAGAUGCGCGAAUUUGCCGCAUGGGAGAUGCCCGGAUGCACGAUGACCGUUGUAGUGUGUGUCAGCUUGUUGGGAAUUGUUCUGUUUCAACGGCUUUUCUUGACGCCGAGGCUCGACAGAGUCGCAAGGCAGAUCAUUCAGGACGCGAGCAGCUCAGACAUUCCUUCAUCGAAAGAACAUAUCAGACGUCAGAUAGCAAGUACGCUUCCACCGGGCAAAGCAAGGAAUCUCCAUGGACUAUAUGUUGGCUUGGAGCUGUUGAAGGCCUUGCUCCUAGCACUUGCCGGAGGCUGGGCUGUUGGACUAUUUGAGGUGUAAGCGAUCUUAAGAAGUUGGUGCUCAUGGCGUGCUCGUGUGUGUGCCUGCUGGCGGGCAAGUGUGUGGGUGGAUGUGUGUGCCCCCUGUCUGUGGGUGUGGGUGUGCAUGUGUUUGCAGGUGCCCUUGUGCGUGUUUGCGUGUGUGUGGGUGGGUGUGUGUGUUUGCGUUUGUGUGUGUGUGUGUGUGUGUGUGUGUGUGUGUGUGUGUGUGUGUGUGUGUGUGCAGGGUGUGCCGGGUGCGUGUAUGCAUGUGCGCUUGUGCUUGAUGGUGUUUUUGUGGUGUGAGGCAACGGGAGGGUUGCUGCCCAUCCAACAGACAUUUGUGUGUAUCUGUGUGUGGUGUGGUGUGGGGCAGGCAACUGUUGCUGCCCGUCUACCAGACACAUUUGUGUCUGAUGAUGAUGAUCAUCAUCAUGGGUGUGCGUGUCGUGUGUGUUUGUGUGUCUUGUGUUGUGUUAAGCAGGGGAGGGUUUCUGUUAUAUACAUUUGUGCAUGUGUUGUGUGUGUGCAUUUGUGGUGUGGUGUUGGGCAUAGGGUUGCUGCUCAUCUACCAGAUGCAUUUGUGUGUGUGUGUGUGUGUGUGUGUGUGUGUGUGUGUGUGUGUGUGUGUGUGUGUGUGUGUGUGUGUGCAGUGGCCGUCGACAUGUAGCACUGAUGAAAGACAUGUCGAUUGGCCUACAAUUCUUGUAGCGCAGAAGGCGGUAGUAGCGUGGAUUCUAGAAAAGGUGUCUUUCGAUAGGUAGGUUGUUAUCGUAGGAACUUCAACCAAUUUGUAACAUGUUCCUUUCUAAACCCAUGUGUGUCUGAGUCAGCGGUCUAGGGCGGCGUUGGGCGUUGUGUGUGUUGACCUCUCUCAGUUUUGAUCGUUGAUCGUUUCCAUCUGUGCACUAUUAAGCCACUGGCUUCUUUCACUGGUCUCUCCGUUUUGAUCGGUUCCAUCUGUCCCCAAUUAAGCCACUGGCUUCUUUCACUGGUCUUGUGCACUUACCCCUUCAACUUGUUUCCAGGCGACUAUACGUAAUCGCCCCUCAGACUAGUACAUCGAUAGUCCGGUUGUCUUUCCGUAAUUAACCCUCAGGUCAGGUGAUGGAUGAGAAAGCGGAUUGCGUUUUUUUUGUUGCUUUUUUUUUCCUACUUGGAGAAGUUUUGGAGAUUAAAUUGAUCGAUUGUUUUUCUGAACUUCGAGACCAAUUGGUUAUCUUCUUCGCAUCUUCGAAGUCUUACCUCGGACUCGUGAGUUUCCCAACAUGGUUGGAACUGUCGGUUUAACUCGGUUAAAAAUGCGGAGCUGCCCAACGUAGCUGGAGCCUGGAACUGUUGGUUUAACUCGGUUAACAAUGUGGUUCGUUCUUCUUAGUUAAAAGUUAAAAGUUAAAAGUUAAAACUUGAAUGAGAAAGAAUAGAAAAUUUAGAAUUUGUUUCGUAAUUGUUUCGUACAGUUGUGGGCGAGCACCGUUUCCAAGGUAUCAGGAACCGAUGUCAAUUUUCUUCAUCCCAGACUCCUUGGUAUGCAUACCGGGAAAAAACAAAAAAAAAAAAAAAAAAAAAAAAAAAAAAAAAAGAAGGUAUGAAGUAUUGUGAAGUACUAUGAACCCCCUUUAGACAAUCAGGAGUCGGAGUCCGGUGCCACGGAGUAAAACAGGAGUUGAUUUGAAGAAAGCAGGGGUAAUAGGGUCACAAUGCCCUGCGAGCAGGGAUGGGUGGGUAAACGGGGGUUCGGAGCAACUAGGGCCUUAGGGGUUAAUUUGAGGUGACGCGACACGACGUGAGUUGAGCCAAUUGCAAGUGCAAGUGCAGAAAGUGAUGUGGUAGAAGAAGAUUAAACCGCCAGUACUUCCUAGAGUCGUGCCUGUUAACGCGCCAUGAUUUUAGGAAACGUACGGGCUACUACGGGAGCAUUCAAAUUCGUCCGACUAGAAACGUU